GGACUACAGGCAUGUUCCAUCAUGCCCAGCUAAUGAUUAUCAUCAUUAUUAUUAUUUUUGUAGAGGCAGGGUCUCCUUAUGUUGCCCAGGCUGGUGUCAAUCUCCUGGCCUCAAGUGAUCCUGCCACCUCACCCUCUCAAAGUGAUGGGAUUACAGGUGUGAGCCACCAAGACUGGCAAUUUCUUUGUAUUAUUUAUUUAUUUGUGUUUCUUUUGGAUUCCCUGGUUGUUCUUUUAGUAGAUUUUUGAGACAAUGCUUUAAUUUAUUUAAUUUUGUUCUUUCAUUUUUACUGAUCAGAGUAUUUAGCGGUCUGAAUCUGCCUCCAAUCACUGCUUUAAAUAUCUUCUACAGAUUCUCAUACAUAAGCGCUCAUUGUCACUCUUCUUAAAUAUUUCUGUAACUUCAGUUUGCAUCUCCUUUUUGUCUCAACGUUUGCUUAAUAGAAGGCUUAACCAUUUUUUUUUUCCAGGUAGAAGACCCUUUCUGAUUUCAGUUUCUGUUAUUUUCCCAAGGCUUAGGACUUGAAUGGAGAACUUGUCAUUUGGAAAUUCGUCAAAGAGUCCUGCUAUCUCAUUUGUAUCCACUGUAUGUGUCUCUCUGUGGACUUUCUACCAGAGACAUCACUGUCCUAUCCCAGAGCUCUCAGGUUACCCAUCUAAACUGUUGAGUCUGAGUAACAAUCAGAUGUCCUGGGAAGUUUCUGGGUCAUUCUUGGCUCUGCUGGAGAAGGUCUCAGGGACCCUGGAGCAUCUGGAGGUAGACAACUGCCUGAUAACUGAUUUUACUUUCUCUGUUGUCACCCCAGCCCUGAGCCACUGUUCCCACCUCUGUGUUCCUAGCUUUGUCUUCAACCCCAUCACAAUGCCUGUGCUCACAAGUCCUCUGCAGCACUUAACAGCCUGGAUGGAGCUGAAGUAUGUGAUUUAUCCUGUUCCUGUCCACGGCUAUGAACAAUGGCGUUGUUGUGGCAGUUUGGACAUGAAAGCUUGCUGAACUGCAGGCCCAGUUGAAGGUGAUGCUGCAGGCAGUACAACAGAACAACAUGAACUAGAACACCCAUCCUGAGUGAUUUUCACGGGACAAGGAGCUGUUUCAUCACUGACGUGUGGCCACUAAAACAGAGUGUUCUUGCCUGAAGCCCAGUUUUUAAAGACACAUAAUGUAAAAUUCUGCUAUUCCAGGAAACUGGUGUUGGGGAGAUUGGGUGUGUAACUGACCUCUAUAAGAGAAAAGCCCUAAGAAGGAAACAGCAGACAUUGAGAAGUGCUGUGGGUCUCUAGCCCAUUGCCCUCUACAUCCUCCAUCUCGUUAAUGACCACAGUGAUGGGUAUGUGACGUGGGCUGACCCAGUCAUGGCACACCAUUUCCCCGUCCAGACUGAUCGGUUCACUUAUGGGUACUUGACACCAGUCGGGACAAUUGAAACCUUUCCUGGAUGUUUUUCUGGAGUAGGUGCUGGUUACUGAAGCCAAUAAUAUUACUCACUGAAUUCCUUUGAUCUUGUUGUAUUCAUGAUUGCCUCAGGCUGCUUAUGAGAAACCAUUGGCAAUUAAAAUGAUAAGUAACAAUAAACAAACUAUGCCCACUA